AUGGUGGCUAUUGAACAUCGUUCUACAUCGGCUACAACUUCAACAUCCAUAUUAUCGCCCACCUCAAAUACUUCGGCCACUUCUGCCUCCACAUCGGCUGCUUCUACAUCUCUAUCCACAUUAUCCACCGCUACCGCCAAUAACCACAAGAAAAUGUCCUCAACUUCGGACUCAGUAUCGGUCUCUAAGUCGGCCGUUAGUCAACGUGAUGUUGAAUUUAAAGUUUCGAAGAAAAAAUGCUCGACCACCGCGAACGCUACAAAUAAAGAUACCACUGCCCUUGAAUUGUCGAAAAAGGUCUUGAAAUUGGAUUUAACGGGCAAGGAAGUGGAGGAGUAUUCCUCAUUGAAAUCACCCAAAUCACCUAUUGUAGGUAAGUGCGGAAACAUAUAUUUUAAAUUAGAUUUAAUCGUCCGAGCUUAUUUAGUCGCAAUUGCCUAGAUGUUAACAGAAAUA